CCAACCAGUCAAAGGGCGAAGACAGUGACCACCUUAACUUGGUCUCUGUCGUCUCCCCAGCCUCAUCCACUGGGACGGAAGUGUGCUUUUCUGGACCGCCGUGCAUUCAUCUGGACCCACGAACAGUUUGGGACUUCUGGAACAAGAAAGAAAACUGCAGAUCUGAGUAAUGCGAGUGGAAAAAGACGUGUAGUGUUACCAGCGGUGGCCAGAGGGUUCGGGCUUUCAACAUAUCCUCAGUGCCAGCCACUGGCACGACGUAGCUAGAUUGGAAUUAAACCCUGGGAUUAAACUGCGCAGAGGAGUUGAGGAUCAACGAUAAAUAUUCCUUUUCAUGGCAACAUAAUCUGCACAAGGGAUUUACUGUGGGAAUAGAACUUUUAUUUUGAAACUAUGACCGAAGCAGUUGAAGCGCGGACAUCCACCACCACCACGAUGGUCAUUGACAGCAAAAAUGGAGACGCCGGGUCGCCGUCUGUGCGAGGGUCCAAGAAAACUUUUACAGAUGACCUCCACUCUACCUUCAGCUCGCCGCUGGCUUGGAUCUUAGUUCUGGCUCUCAUCAUUACGUGGUCUUGUGUGUUUGUCAUCAUGUUUGAUCUCAUGGACUACAAGACCAUUUCAGGUCGUCAGCCUCCUGUCAGGAAGGUUUUUAAGGAUUCAGGCCGUAGAGGAGGCCUCAGCAAGGUGGGCUCGGAUCCCAUGAAGCUGGUCAGCGACGCCGUGGAGGAGUCGACGAACCUUUUCAGCGUGAUGUUGAAGUUUGCUGCCAGCCUGGUUGCUCCUGACGAAGAUGAAGGAAAUCUAUACGCAGUGAGAAAAAAAGAUUUAAGGUGGUUGGAGGAGGAGGAGGAGGAGGAGGCAGUGGAGGUGAAGAUUAAGAAAGCAAAAGGAGAAUUCCUACCAUCCCGAAGUAAAGUUGUAGUUAUGCAAGCACAGCCAAAACGACCAGCGAUCGAAGUCGUGGAGGAGGAAGCAGAGGAGGGGGAGGAGGAGGGAGAAGAGGGAGACGAAGUGGAGGCCGCUGGGGAGGAGGGAGAGGAAGAAGGACUGGAGGAGGAGGAGGAGGAGGAGGAGUAUUAUGACGAGGAAGAUGAGUAUUAUGAUGAGGAAGAGGAGUACUAUGAUGAGGAAGAGGAGUAUUAUGAUGAGGAAGAAGAAGAAGAGGAGGAGGAGGCGGAGGGAGCAGAAUCUGAAGAGGAGGAGGAGGAGGAGGAGGAGGAGGGAGCAGAAUCUGUAGAGGAAGAGGAGGAGGAGGAGGAGGAGGAGGAGGAGGAGGAGGAGGGAGCAGAAUCUGUAGAGGAGGAGGAGGAGGAGGAGGAGGAGGAGGAGGGAGCAGAAUCUGUAGAGGAAGAGGAAGAGGAGGAGGAGGAGGAGGAGGGUGAGGGAGCAGAAUCUGUAGAGGAAGAGGAUGAGGAAGAGGAGGGAGCAGCAGCUGUAGAGGAGGAGGAGGAGGAGGAGGGGGAGGAGGAGGAGGAAGAAGAGGUGAAGGAAGAGGAAGAGGAGGGAGCAGCAGCUGUAGACGAAGAAGAAGAAGAAGAGGAGGCUGAAGAGGUGGAGGAAGAGGAGGAAAAGGAGGAGAAGGAAAAGGAAGAGGGAGAUGAAGCAGCAGCUGCUGAUGAGGAGGAGGAUGAGGUGAAGGCAGAGGAGGAAGAGGCGGUGGAGGCAGCUGCUGAGGCGGAGCAAGAUGAAGAUGAAGAGGAGGAAGAUGAGAAGGAACCCGAGGCGGCUGCAGCUGGGACUGAUGAAGACGAAGAUGAAGUGAAAGAGGAAGCAGCAGAGGCUGAUGAAGACGAUGAUGAGGUUUCUCCUGAACCCAUCUCCACCUCUGAGGAUGAAGAGCUGGCUGUGUCUCCUGAUUCUGACUCUGACGCUCCUGUUGAUGUCAAGGACAGUGAUGAAGACGUAACUCUGCCUGACGAAGACGACGAAAAAGACGAACUCAACGACUCUAGUGACGAUGCAUUCACUGACAUCUCAGACGCCAGUGAGUCUGCAGUUCUCUCCAGCGAUGAGGAGGAAGAGCAGGAUGAUGACGAAGAUGAUGAAGAUGAUAGAUUAGCCGAGGGUGUCCUGACAACUGACAGCGACGAUGUCAUUGGAGAAGACACCGCUGACGAGCUGGAGCUUGAACUUCCUCCUCUUCCUGCUGCUAGCGAGGAAGAUGAUGACGACGAGGUCGACGAUCAUAAACUCGAUGAGGAGGAAGAGCUUCCUCCUUUGCCUGCUGUCGAAGAUGAUGACGACGAUGAACACCUGGAAGAGGAAGCCAAGGUUGCUGAGGACACUGAUGAAGAUGAUGACGAUGAUCUUGACCAAUCAGAUGAGGACGGCUCCGUCGCCUCCUCGGAGCACUUUGCAGAUGAUGAAGACGAUGAGGAAGACGGUGACCUCAAAGACGAGGAACUUGACCUCGAUGUCCACGUUGACCUCGACGAGGAUGAUCAUGACAAACUCGAUGACGUCAUCGAAGAGGACAUCCACGAUGAUGAUGAUGAUAAAGAGGAGGAAGACGAGGAGGAAGUCGACAUCGCUCCCUUUGAGAGUACAGACAGCGGAGUCUUAGGCGAUGAAGAUGACGACGACGACAUCCUUCUUAAAACAGAUGAGGAAUCUGUUGGAGAGACUGUGUUCAGUGAUGACAUCUCCUAUGACACGACCGAUGAAGACGACAAGGACGAUGAAGAUAUUGACACCAGCUCAUUUGAAUUCACCUACGACGUAGAGGACGACAAAGAGGUCACGGGAACAUUUGUCGACUCUGAAAAAGACGUUGAAGAAAUCACAUCGGACUCCUCAGCUGGUGAGGAGGAAGAGGAGGAAGACGAAGAUGAUGGUGAUGAUGAAGAUAAGGAAGACGAUGAUGAUGACGAUGUUGAAGAGAUCUUGUUAGCAGCUGCCAUGGCAGGAGCGUUCACUGCCCAGGAGGAGGCAGUAAAGACCGAGGGAGACACGGAUGAGGAUGAUGAAGACGAGGACGACGUCAAACAGGCGGCUGAUGAAGACAAGUCUGAGGAGGCUGAAGCAGAGAAGAUCGUCACCGGCGACCCUGCUGCUUUUGAUGAGCAUGAGGACGAGGAUGAGGGAGAAGACCGAGAGCCGACAGCUGAGCUAAAGAAAACCGUGGAUGAACCUGAAGACAGAAAAGAGGAGGACGAGGAAGACGCCGAUGAGGACAAGGCCACAGUGGAUGUGAUCAAACCCGUGCCCGAGCCUGAGGAGGAGGCGCCGAAGACCGAAACUGCAGAGUGUCCCUGUAUGCACUCUGGGAAGGCCAAAGAGUCUGUCACCAAGACCGCAGAGAAAAAAGAAACUCCAAGGAGAGUUUCAGCUGUGAGGAGGAAAAAAGUUCAAGAGCCUGAAGCUGUGAAGACCGUGUCAAAAAAGAAAGCUAUGCCAAGAGUUGCAGGUCUGGGAGCACCAGUCAGGAGAAUCAGGAAGAUUCCUACAGUCCUCAGAGCCAAGAAAGCAGAGAAGACCAAGACUUCCAAAUCAGAGACGGAGACCAAGAAACAAGAAGAGGUCCCAGUAUCUGAAGAAGUGGGCCCUUGCAGACCUGCACCCGUCUACUGCCCGUCUCCACCUGGCUGGUACGUUCAUCAUGUCGUCACAGACAACCCGUACCCUCCUCCCACCAUGUCAGCUCCCUCUGCUCCUGUUCUGACGGCUCACCCCGUCCAUCCCGGAGCGCCACCGCUGCAGCAUUUCUAUCAGCAACAGCCGCCUCCGUACUAUGCACAGUAUCAGCCAUAUCCACCGCCAGUGAUGCAGCCUCAACCAGACCCAGUCCCACCAGCUGAACCGGUCCAGCCAGAAGCCAAAGAACCAGAGGCUCCUGUUCAGCCCGAGAGUCCAGCUGCUGAAGCUCAGCCUGCCGUGCCUCCGGUCCAGGAACCGGAGACUGUCGAGGAAGAAGUGAAGGCUGCCUCCACCAAGACGGCUGCGAAGAAGAAGGAGAAGCCUGCUGAUUCAGAUAAAGAGGCAGCAGCAGGCAAAGAGAGCACAAAGAGAGGGGCCGCUGUUUCAAAGGACAAAACCAAAGCAAAGAAAGAGCCAACAGCAGAUAAAGAGAAAACCAAAAGUCCUGCAGUGGCUAAGAAAGAGCCAGCUGCAAAGGAGAAAACUAAAACUACCACGGCUACUAAGAAAGAGCCAGCUGUGAAAGAGAAAAGCAAAACCGCAGCAGCUGCGAAGAAAGAGCCUGCAGCUGUACGACAGAAGGGGAAAUCAGCCUCUGAAAAGACAGAAGCGUCACCUGCCAAGGGCAAAGCUAAAGCAUCUGCAGCCAAGAAAGAUCCAGAGCCACAUCCGAUCAGACUGAGAACGAGACUGGAAUCCGCGAGCAGGGCGAACGUAACGUCUCAGGCGAAGGAGGACAAACCUGCCAGACCUUCACCUGAGCCAGCCAAGACAAGAUCCAAAUUGUUGGCGGAGAAGAAAGGCAAAGCUGAGAAGGAUGAAAAGAAAUCUGUCAAACAGGCUGAAGAUAAAGAGAAGCAGCCGGCAUCAGCCAAAGAGCCCCAGACUGAAGACAACACUACAGAAAAGAAGAAACCCGGACAGAGAUACUUCCAGUGCAUUUACGUCCCGGGUAAAAAUGCGCAGUACCCCUUACGACCUUUCACCCCGGCCAUGUCCCCCGCCAUGAUGCCCCCUGCACUCAGGUCCAUGCUGGAGCAGCAGAGGGCGGCGAGGACGUCGGGCCAGUAGGACAACCUGAACUCUCACCUCAUGUCUACAUAGCACUUCGUCUCCCAGUCCAGCAGGGAGCGACGUUUUUGAAUCUGUGAUCCGCCUUCAAUUCUGAGGGAAACCGCAGAUAAGAGAAUAAGAGUGGACAGAACUAUUUUGUCUUUAAUUUAUUUCUGUUUCUAUUUGGUUCUUUUUCUUCCUCUCUGUGUGGUCGAGCUCCUGGGGUUCCUGUUCAUAUUUCACGAUUUCCUUUCAGCUGAUGCUUCACCAGGCGUUACUGCUUUGCCGCGCUUGUGUCUGAGAUAUAAUAUGAUCACCAACAUCCACUAUGUGAAGACUCUUAACUCAUCAUGUACAUACUGCACAUAUUUGUAAUUUAGGCUGAAAUAAAAUUAAAUAUUACUUGAA